CACGCGAGUGAACGUCUGAACGUUGACACGUGUCAGGCCUCUGGAGGCUCCCUGAGGGGCGGGGGAGGCGGGGAGGGGUGAAUGAAUGAUGGAAAUAAUGAACAGCAACACAUUUAAUAGGAAUAGUGGGGGGUUGCCACCUGAAACAGAAGGCAGGGCUCCUGUGUCUCUGGAAAGCCAAUAAACCGAUGGAUGGAUGGAUGGAUGCUCAUCGCUCAAGUCCCAGUCGUUUAGUAAAAUGGCGCCCCUUGUGGCCAAAUCCAGGCUUGCUCUUUGGAAGUCUAGGACCCCCUUUCGGUCCCCAUGGAGGUGGAGCUGUGCCAAGCAUGCUCCGAGAUGCUGCAGAGCGGCGUAGAAGACGUUGACGUGGAGGAUGAGGGGGAUCCCCACCUGUGCAGCCUCUACGUCAAGGACAUCUUCCAAUAUCUGAGGCAGCUGGAGGUGCAGCAGCGCGUGUCUCCCUUCUACCUCGAUGGGACGGAGCUGAGUGGCCGCAUGCGCGCCAUUCUCGUUGACUGGCUGGUGGAAGUCCAUGCGCGGUUCCAGCUCCUGCAAGAGACGCUCUACAUGUCUGUCAACAUUAUGGAUCGCUACUUGCAAGCUCAGCCUGUCUCUCGCAAGGAGCUCCAGUUGGUUGGCGUGACAGCCAUGUUCCUGGCCGCAAAAUACGAAGAGAUCUACGCCCCGAGCAUUUUGGACUUUGUCUACAUGACGGACGAGGCCUAUAAGUCGGCUCAGAUCCGGGCGAUGGAGAAGAGCAUCCUGAAGGAGCUGAGCUUUGUCCUGGGCAGGCCGCUCCCCCUACAUUUCCUGAGGAGGGCCGCCAAAGUCUCUAAUCCGUCCAUGGAGUCAUACUUGCUGGCCAAAUACCUGAUGGAGCUGAGCCUGGUGGACUAUGCCAUGGUGCACUACAACCCUUCGGAGGUCGCUGCUGCCGCUCUCUGUCUCUCUCUGAAGGUCUUGUCCGAAGGCCAGUGGAACCUCAAGCUGUGCUCUUACACCGGAUAUGCUGAGGAGAGCCUCAGUCCUGUCAUGGAGCACAUGGCCAAGAACGUUGUGAAGGUGAACAAGAAUCUUACCAAGCAGCUCGCAGUCAAGAAGAAAUACGCCAGCAGCAAAUUUCUGGGGAUCAGCAACAUCCCUCAGCUGAACUCCAGCACCGUUAAGGACCUCGCAGCGCCUCUUCUGGGUGUGUCCAGGCCACCAUUGUGAAUUCCUGCAGCAUUCUCUGUGUGCAUUUGAUCAAGGAAAAGGUGUCCCUUCUCCUCAUUGGCAUCCAUUGAGGGUUUUAAGAUGCACGUAAGAGUUGCUCAUAUACUGAAUUUUUUAUAUACUUGGUAAAAACAUUGUAGAAAAGCUCCCCUUCCGAAAGUACAUUUUGGAGAAAUCAACAGGCAUCAUAAAGGCAUCAAGGAAAUUACCUGUGUGUUGUUACUUUGCUUCUCUGGUGCACCAGGUAGCAUUUCCAGACAUACACCCCUUUCUCUUGUAGCAGAGCUAACUUUUCCUCUGCGGUCUCACUGUGGAGCAGCAGUCUGUCAGAGCAGGUGAAGCCCGCGAGGAAGCAGAGUGUGUUUCUCUUGGCUACCUGCACUUUUCCCCUUGUUUGCCUUUGCUCAGUCUUUGCUUGCCUUGGCAUGAGGCCCUGAAAAGUGUAGGGGUCAAGGUGUCCCACCUUUCUGCCUUAUAAUUGCCAUGGCCUUUUGGGUGGUAGUGCCACUCCAAGGAAGCUUUUUGCAGUGGGUUGAGGCAGGAAUGUACUUAUAAAGCAUUAAAGUAUGAUCCUUUUGAUCAGUUUGUUCAGCCUUUUCUGGACAGACUAGUUUUUGAGAAUGUAUUUAUAUCAAAUGAAACACUGAUUGCUUUGCAAAAACAAACUGGAGAGAGAGAGAGAGAUAAGAGGGUGCACUGAAAUGCAAAGCAGAGCAAAAUCUUAAAUGUGACAGGUGUCCAACACUUUAUAUUGUUUUGUGUCUGUGCAUGAAGAGCAAUUUGAAUGUGACAUAAUAAAGGCUUUUUGUUGUA